AUGGUGUUGGCAAGUGAGAGGAUCUUGGAAGUGCCGUUCAGCUUGCUUCUCGAUGCCGGUGCCGCGCUGCGCGCCGAGGACGUCGGCAGCGUGUUUGCAGCGGUCAAGCCCGCGCUCGACGCCGUGGACAACAGGCUGCCCCUCGCUUUGUUCAUGCUGCACGAGCUGCGCAAGCCCGACUCCUUCUGGCGGCCCUACUUUGAUGCUUUGCCCUCGCGGGUGAACCUCCCCAUGUUCUGGGCUGACGAGGAUAUGCAGCUGCUGGCCGGCUCGCCGCUGCAUGCGGCCGUCUUGGCACAGAAGAAGCAAGCGCGCGACUGGCACACUGAGCACAUCGUGCCCAUAGUCCGGAGAUACCCACGGCCAUUCGGUGUGAGCGACGACGAUUCAUCGCUGGAGCCCUCCUACUCCUUGGCCAGGUUCGAGUGGGUGCUGUCCAUGAUCGCCUCGCGGGCGUUUUGGCACUUUGAUCUCAAAGACACGUGGGAACCGCACAUGGUGCCAAUGGCGGACCUCAUCAAUCACUCGCUCACAAACGACAACGUAUCGAAGUACACUUUUGACGACAAGACUCAAACAUUCAUCGUACACGUCCAGCAGCCUUACGCCGAGGGCGAACAGGUGUUCAUCACCUACUGUACAGACUCCAAUUUCGAGCUGCUGAAGACGUACGCCAUGAUGGUGGAGGACAACUAUAACAAAUACACCGAGAUCAGGCUCGACGAGACCACAAUAGCACGAAUCUGCCCGGACGAAGUGGAGCGGCUCACCAAGACGCGUGCACUCACCCAACGAGGACUCGCCAAACAGACGUACCCAGUCAAAAGUGAAGAGUUCCCGCUUGACUUGGUCCAGGCCUUGCGGUUGUACCACCUGCCGCUCACCGACUCGCACACAGAGUCGACGUGUUUCGAAACCGACCCCGUCUCCGUGCAGAAUGAGCUGAUGGUGUACGACACCAUAGCGGGCUGCGUGAAGGAGCUCCUGUCACAGUACCCCAUCACCGCUCAGGAGGACGCGGCUAUGCUGGCGCACGAUCCACGACUUUCAGCUACGGCGCGGCUGGCAGUCGCCUACCGGCGCGAGGACAAGCUGUUCCUGACCGAGGUGGGCAGCGUAUUCGCGGAGAUGCGAAAAGAGCUCGAUGCGUCAGCCGACGCGCCUCCACUCAUCAUGGAGCUCUUCUUCGAUUGCAUCGCCUCCGUUCGAGAACAGCAUUUGGCUUGA